AUGUCUAACAAGAAAGAGUCUAACAAGAAGGAGUCGAACAACACGGACGAGUUGUUCAUUCCAAUUUGGAUUACUACCAAUUCCGUCAGACCCUUCGAUGAGGAAACCUCUCCGUGGAUUCGAUACUCCUCCAAUUUUGGUCUGUUUGGCGAAAAUGGCAAACAACUGGCAACGUUUAAAGAAUGUAUCGAUAGGGAUCUCUAUCGAACGAACUAUCAUAAGAAGUACGAGAAAGAUCGCUUCGAUCCUACAGAGCACGAGGAAAGUGGUUGGAAAGUGAAAGACGUAUAUGGGAUUCAGCGUCGAGAAGGGACGUCGACGAGGACCAUUUUACUAGACACCGAGUCAAAAUUCAAAUCGGAAGCCAACAAGAUGAUAGCGCGCCACAAAAGAGGUUCCAAGGAAGAUACAGUUGGGACAUACCUGAUAGUUGUCGUGGAUGUCGAUACCGUCCUGGAUAGUAACAACUCUGCUUCCUCGUCAGCAUUGCCGCAAGCUGAGAAAACGAUCUUUUGGUCUAUGGAAGAAGAUGAUGCACUGUGUCUUUUGGCAGCAUCUUAUAUUAAACGCAGUAAGAAAUCUACUAUUGGUUUAUCGGGGUGGCAAGAAAUUUCAGACCUGCUGGAAGCGAAAAACUUUGAAUCACUGCGAACCCCAAAAGCGUGUAAAGGCCGCUGGGAUAGAGCACACAACCGCCACCUUUACCUUGCUGGCAUUCGAGAUAUGGGUUCCGAGGUUAGUGCCCAGGGUAGUACAUGGUGUCUUUUAAUGUAA